ACACAGACACAGCUCACUCUCUCUAAAGGAGGGAAUGAGGCAGAGACACACACACACACACACACACACAACACACAGAGAGAGAGGGAGAGAGAGAGAAAGGAUCAAGAGGAGCUGGAGAGGAGUCUAUCUCUGAGCUGCUCUCUCCACUGCAGUGUCUGGCUUUCACUAAAAGGUCUGUGACCAUGUUUUUCCUGCUCUUGUUUGCCUAAUUUAUUCCUGCGAGGGCCAGCAGAAAGAAAGGCGGAAAGAAAAGGCAGAAUAGUAAAGAGUGCAACUGUACACCGUGACUCGCUGAGAGGGAAUGCAGAGAGGUUCUGGCCUCUGGUUGUUUCUAGUGGAUGGACAAGCACUGACAAAACAAGAGAAGGGGGGAGAGAGGCAACACUUUGAGGAGCUUUGAUCAAAAGAGAGAAGCAACUGAGACCGAGGAGAUUGUUCAACUCUGCUUUUGUUUUGGCUUGUUUUCUUUUUCUGCGACAUCUGAGCCACUGACACCACAGACUCUGAGAAGUUGGAAGAGACACAAGAAAACAUAAUUUCACCACAAACAACACAAGGGCAGGACUUCUUUGAUGAACUCUGUUGCUGCAACAACAAUACAUAUUCUUGGAGGGAAGUAGGAGUGGAUUGUCUUUCGCAGCACACUCCUCGUUUUAAUACCAAGUGUGGAACCACUGUCUACGCGUGCUUAUUUUCAGGGCACGAAGGUGUUCCAGAGCCAAAAACAACAGGAGUGUGUAAAAACCAAAGUCACACUCAGAUGUUGUCCUAACUGCCGUUUUUUUGGGAAGUGUGUGCAAACAUUUCCAAAGCGAUAUAACUCUUCUUCCUUGCUAUAACUUCUUAAAGAGCCUUGACAUGUCAAGAGUGCGUCUGGACUAGAACUGCCUCAGAUUAGCAGAUAACACCUCAGUACUGCAGGAACUGGUUGAACUAGUUUACAAGUUGGAGGAGAGGGCAGGGCAGUUUAACCCUGCCUGAAGGGGAGCUGUGUUUUUUUUCCUCCCAGUUGCUUGUCCUUUUUGGAGAAAGUCAUGCGCCGAGUGUGAGGGGCUGACCUUCUUUCUUAUUUGAGCAGUGACUCUUGUUUUGUCCCUCACCACUGUGCUCAGGGAUAGGUGAGGUGAUUUUUUUUCUUUUUUCCUCGGGAGACAGAGAGGGAAAGUAAAGAGGGAGAGAGAGAGAGAGAGAGAGAGUAAUUUAUUGUUUCCUGUGAAAAGAGCAAAGCUGCACCCUUUUCUCCUGCCUGAACUCUGAACCACUACAUGUGUGUCUGAAGUUUUCUCAGACCUUGGGAGCCAUUGAUCAGAGGUCAGUGCAGAAAACAGAGGGGUGAAAGACAAGAACACAGAGCGGAGGGAUUAAAGAAGAGACAGAAAGACCUCCAGGUCAGUCUAAGCAGACGGCAAAGUGGAGUAAGGUCAACACCGUGGAGCCUGGGACAUCUUUUCAUCACAUUUCUGGACCAAACUUGCUUUGAAUUACAAACGUGGAGCCACUGUCUUUACGUCUGGGAACAAUUUUUACACUUGGAGGGUAGUUGGGAGCUGGGGGACCAGGGGGACCAGGCGGGUCCAUGUAUGAUCAAGUCACAGGACUGCACGUCUCAGAAAAUAUGGCCAUGGUGAGCGGGGGAUGGGGCAACCCUAAUGGGGACACUAAUGGACUGGGGGAGAAGGCUUACCUGAAGAGAGAGGAAGAGGAGGGAUCGCCCCAGGCUGGGAGCAGCGACGUGGACGUCGGUGAUGAGGACAAGACCUGCGUGGUGGACUGCGUGGUGUGCGGGGACAAGUCCAGCGGGAAGCACUACGGUGUGUUCACCUGCGAGGGCUGCAAGAGCUUCUUCAAGAGGAGCAUCAGACGAAACCUCAGCUACUCCUGCAGAUCAAAUCGAGAAUGCCAAAUCGACCAGCAUCACCGCAACCAGUGCCAAUACUGUCGGCUGAAGAAGUGUUUCCGAGUUGGGAUGCGCAAAGAAGCUGUCCAGAGAGGUCGGGUCCCUCCGACUCACCCAGGGAUCAGUCCAAACUCGCUGGCAGGCGGGGUUGCAGGUGCCGGGCCAGGUCACAUUGGGGCCGAUUAUUUCAACGGGCAGCCGGUCUCAGAUCUCAUCUCCCAGCUCCUGCGGGCCGAGCCGUAUCCCAGCAGCCGUUACGGGCCUCCCUACAGCCAGACACAGAUGCAGGCGUCUGUAAGCGGAGCAUCCGUCAUGGGCAUCGACAGCAUCUGUGAGCUGGCCGCGCGCCUCCUCUUUAGCACUAUUGAAUGGGCCAGAAACAUCCCAUAUUUUCCAGAGCUGCCCGUUUCAGAACAGGUGGCGCUGCUGAGGCUGAGCUGGAGUGAGCUCUUCAUCCUGAACGCUGCUCAGUCUGCUCUGCCUCUACACAUGGCUCCUCUGCUGGCAGCAGCUGGUUUCCACUCAUCGCCCAUGUCCGCUGAGCGUGUGGUGUCCUUCAUGGACCAGGUCAGGGUUUUCCAGGACCAGGUGGACAAGCUGAACAGACUACAGGUGGACUCGGCCGAGUACAGCUGCCUCAAAGCCAUAGCAUUGUUUUCACCUGAUGCUUGUGGACUGACUGACCCGGCUCACGUGGAGUCCCUGCAGGAGAAGGCCCAGGUUGCCCUGACUGAGUACGAAAGAAUGCAGUACCCCAACCAGCCUCAGCGCUUCGGCCGCUUACUGCUGCGUCUCCCUGCUCUGCGCGCCGUGCCGGCUAACCUCAUCUCCCAGCUCUUCUUCAUGCGGCUGGUGGGCAAGACGCCCAUCGAGACGCUGAUCCGAGACAUGCAGCUAUCGGGGAGCUCCAUCAGCUGGCCGUACGUACCGGGACAGUAAACCCCCAGCAACUCCAGAGUAAGAUGGACUGAGAUCAGAUGGGAGAGGAUACAAAAGAUUAGAAACAAAUACAACCUGAAUGUUUUGAAUACAACCUGGGAACAUGUUUGAGUGUAAAGGUCAGUUUUUCCCUCAUUGGCCCCCAUAAAGUUGGUGUUACUAACACCAAAGCUGCUUUCAGGGAAACCAUUUUUUUUGUUUUUUUUGUUUUUUUCCGCACUUGACAGUUUUCUAUGACUUUUAUCUGAUCGCUCUUUGUCUUAUUCUGGACAUCAAACAGGGCUUUCAUUUAAAAGCAGACUCUUACAUGAGGCCGUGUGCCUGUACUACCUCCUCCCAUAUCACCUCAUAUGUGAUUCCGUUUGAACCCAGGCCUGUGCAUUCUCCCCCUCUGCUCUGUUUCUCAAUCAACAUGAAGCCAUAGCAGUGCCACUUUUACGUUGUCACAGCUGGGACGUGGUGUUCAGGCUGUGUCAUGUUUGUGAUGUGAUACCAAAUGUAUUCUGGAAGACUGCAAAUAAUCGAAAACAAAGAUGAGGCGUGAGCACUGCACUAUGUGCUGUACAUACGCCUCAAAUACUUUGCAUGUCAUGUGCUGAAAGGAGUAGCUCAACAUUUUAUGCCGCUUUUCCACUACACGGUCCCUUUAAUGAACUGAUUCUAAUGAUUCAG